AUGUCCGUCCCCGGCGUCGUCUCCCCGGCCGCCGACCGCUUCUACUGUCCCCCACCGCGCCGCCACCUCCUUGACAAGCAGCACAAACAGCAUCCGCCACUAACUGCCUCGGCGGCCGAGGAGCCGUCGAAGCCGACGCCGGAGCUCCGGCGAGACCCUUUUCCAUCUCCGGCAACUGCUACGACCAACCUCGAGAGCUUCAUCGCCUCCACCACCGUCCGCGUGCCCGCGCGGUGCCCUCCCCGAACGCCGGGCACGCGGGGGUGCCGGGCAGGAGCGCCGUACUACGAGCUCGCGGAUCUGUGGGAGGCGUUCGGGGAGUGGAGCUCGUACGGCGCCGGCGUGCCGCUGCUGCUCAAUGGCACGGACGGCGUCGUGCAGUACUACGUUCCAUUCCUCUCCGCUAUCCAGCUCUAUAGGUCACGGCCGCCGCCGUCAAGCAAGAGCUGCAGAUGCCUUAAUGAAGACAGUGAUGGUGACAAUGCUCUGGACACAAGCAGUGAUGUAAGCAAUGAGAGUGACAAUGACAAUGAAAGGUCUAUUGGAAGAACAACCCAGUGUUUAGCAGAAAACAUUUGCACCGAUCAAGAAAGUUUGUCCAGUGAUGACUGUGAGUCCAGCAACCAGGAAUCGUCCCCUGUUUUCCAAUAUGUGGAGCAUGAUGCACCAUAUGGAAGACAACCUUUAGCAGAUAUGAUUUCAGUAUUUGCAUGUAAGUUUCCUGAUCUAAAUACGUACAAGAGCUGUGAUCUUCUGCCGUCCAGUUGGAUUUCUGUAGCCUGGUAUCCCAUAUACCGGAUACCAACAGGACCCACUCUACAAAAUCUAGAUGCUUGCUUUUUAACAUUCCAUUCAUUGUCAACAGCACCUGACGGUACGAUAAGCGGGUGUCCUGAGACAAAUAACUUCCAUAACAAUAAAAUUGCUGCUGUUCCUGGGAAGAUCACACUGCCUCUGAUCGGCCUAGCAUCUUACAAAUUUAAUGGUUCCCUGUGGACGUCAAAUCAGCACCAUGAGCAGCAGUUGACUACAUCCCUUCUGAAAGCUGCUGAUGACUGGCUUUGCCAGCGUCAAGUAGAUCACCCAGAUUACCGCUUCUUCCUAACACACUAA